CCAAAUGCAGUCAGGCUUCCUUCGCUCUCAGACUCUCUUCUCCACCCUCUGGAGGGUCCCAGGUGAAGAAAGAGAAAAGCACUUACUCACAGAAGGAGGCAAGCAGCCAAGCUGGGCUUAGAGUCGCCCUGCCCCCAGGCAGGCCUGAGGAAUAAAAGAAACAGCAGAGGACAAAGAAGGACUUAAAGCACUGGAGCAAUGGGGAGAAAAGGCCUAAGAAAGUUUACAAAGCAAUCUGUCAGAGGAGGCAUGAAAAGGGAGCCCUGCUGGGCUGAGCGGCUUUAGGCACUCAGUUCACCUCACCUUAGGCCCAAUUAGAAACCUGCAAUUACUCAGCCAAAGUCUGAACUGAUCCCCUACCUCCUGUCCCAGAGGUUUCCCUGAGGGUGAGGCCUUAUCUUGCUGGGUUCCUGGCAGCUCCCAAUACCUCUGUUCUACUGGGAUCAAUGCACCAGUUCGCUUGAACCCAUGCAACUGGUCAUACUUCAGUCCCCUCGGGAUUUCCAGCAGAAAUAUUAUGUGAGGAUAAGGUCACCAGCAGAUCCUCUGACUUUCCAGAUUUUCUGAGCCAGUGAAAAUAUCCACAGACCUUUCUGAAAGUCUCCCCUCCUCCCCAAGGCAGGAUAAAUAACAGAUAUCAUGAGUGCUCACUCUGUGUGGAGUGCUUUAAGUCAUCUCGCUUAGUGCUCACCGCUGCCUUAGGUGUGAUUACCCCAUUUUACAAAAAGGGAAAUGGGCCUGCAGAGAUUAAAUGACUUUCCAAAGGAUACACAGCUGUAGAUUCCAACCCAGGUCUGUCUGACCCUCACACUUCCUACUAGGGACACUGCCACUUGGGGACCCUCUGUGAUUCCAUUUUGUUUGUUUGUUUUGGUACCAUAUCAAUUUUAGAUGGGGUAAGAUGGUACAAUUCUGUGGAACCUAAAGAAUUCCUGGCCUCACAGUUUGGAGUGAGAAGAGGAAUGCGAGUGGGAGAGUCAGCCUCAUGGCUGGGUAGGGUCCUAGUCCUUUUUAGAUACUUGAGUAAUUUAACCAUAAAUAACUGGACACUGGGAACAGGACACUCACUAAUAAAAGCAUUGCCUGGAGUCAUGUUCAGAAAAAAAAAUAACUGAAGUCACUCAGUGGGUGGAUAUAUCUGUAAAACAAAAGAAAAGCCCCUUUCCCAGCCCAGGCAGAGAAGUCUCCUGUACAGUUAGAGACAACAGGCUUCUGGGCACGUAGCCAAGGUUCUGGGGAUAUUUAUAACUUGAAGAGGGUGGGAGUCCCUAAUAAGCUGCUAUAUUCUUUUUCCAUCACUUCCCUCUCCAAGGCUACAGCGAGCUCAGAGCUCUUCUCCAUGCAGAAUGCCUGCUUUCCCUAGUGCUCGGCUUCCAUUGUCUAAUUUUCUCAUCCUGGCUGGGGAAAGGGAAGGCUGCAAGUCCUUCCGUUCGGGAGAAUUCCAGUCGAAUGCAGCUUAGCUGCUAGUGGUGAUUCUUGGCUAGCUGUUGUGGUCUCAGAGGGAUCUGCCUACGAGCCUGUGGUUUCUGAGCUGCCUGAGAGUUCGAGGUCUCGAGAAUCUGAGUCUUUGGGAUCCGCCUACGAGCUCUGUGCUUUGCCUGCAAGGAUUCGAGAUCUACCUGCGGGUCUGAGAUAUCUGGAAACUGCCAGCGAUCUCUAGAAUCUUUCCGAACGCUUAAAACUCAGAGAACUCUGCCUGCGGAUUUGAAAUCUGGCGAUCUUGGAGCCGACGAUCUAGUGGAUCUUUUGCGGGCCAGGAGCGCUGUGUGCUAGCUGCUUUUCCUGCUCUCUCUCUCCUGGGAGGCGAAUCCUUGAGCCAGAGAUGGCAGCCACCCUGCUCAUGGCUGGGUCCCAGGCACCUGUGACAUUUGAAGAUAUGGCCAUGUAUCUCACGCGGGAGGAAUGGAGACCUUUGGACCCUACACAAAGGGACCUUUACCGGGAUGUUAUGCAGGAGAAUUAUGGAAAUGUUGUCUCCUUAGAUUUUGAGAUCAGAAGUGAGAAUGAGGUGAAUCCAAAGCAAGAGAUUAGUGAAGAUGUAGAAUUUGGGACUGCAUCUGAAAGACCUGUUGGGAAUACUGAGGAAAAUCCUGAAAGUGAAGAGGCCUUUGAAAGCAGGGAUAGAUCUGAAAGACAGUGGGGAGAUUUAACAGCAGAAGAGUGGGUAAGCUAUCCUCUCCAACAAGUCACAGAUCUGCUUGUCCACAAAGAAGUUCACGCAGGCAUUCGAUAUCAUAUAUGUUCUCAUUGUGGGAAGGCCUUCAGUCAGAUCUCAGACCUUAAUCGACAUCAGAAAACCCACACUGGAGACAGACCCUAUAAGUGUUAUGAAUGUGGAAAGGGCUUCAGUCGUAGCUCACAUCUUAUUCAGCAUCAAAGAACACACACGGGGGAGAGGCCCUAUGACUGUAAUGAGUGUGGGAAAAGUUUUGGAAGAAGCUCUCACCUCAUCCAGCAUCAGACAAUCCACACUGGAGAAAAACCCCACAAAUGUAAUGAGUGUGGGAAAAGUUUCUGCCGGCUUUCUCACCUAAUCCAGCACCAAAGGACCCACAGUGGGGAGAAACCCUAUGAGUGUGAGGAGUGUGGGAAAAGCUUCAGCCGGAGUUCUCACCUAGCUCAGCACCAGAGGACCCACACAGGCGAGAAACCUUACGAGUGUAAUGAAUGCGGGCGAGGCUUCAGUGAGAGAUCUGAUCUCAUCAAACACUAUCGAGUCCACACUGGAGAGAGGCCCUACAAGUGUGAUGAGUGUGGGAAGAAUUUCAGUCAAAACUCCGACCUUGUGCGCCAUCGCAGAGCCCACACGGGAGAAAAGCCCUACCACUGUAAUGAAUGUGGGGAGAAUUUCAGCCGCAUCUCACACUUGGUUCAGCACCAGAGAACCCACACUGGGGAAAAGCCAUAUGAAUGUAAUGCUUGUGGGAAAAGCUUCAGCAGGAGCUCUCAUCUCAUCACACACCAGAAAAUUCACACUGGAGAGAAGCCCUACGAGUGCAAUGAAUGUUGGCGAAGUUUCGGUGAAAGGUCAGAUCUAAUUAAACACCAGAGAACCCACACAGGAGAGAAGCCUUAUGAGUGUGUGCAGUGUGGAAAAGGUUUCACCCAGAGCUCCAACCUCAUCACACAUCAAAGAGUUCAUACGGGAGAGAAGCCUUAUGAAUGUACCGAAUGUGAGAAGAGUUUCAGCCGGAGCUCAGCUCUUAUUAAACAUAAGCGAGUUCACACCGACUAAGUCCUGUAAUUAUGACUGAGAAAUGGUUUAUUUGAAGGUACAGUUUUAUUUGAUAUCAAAGAGCUCUCUCAAGACUGAGCUUAUACAGUACCGAAUUUCCUUGCUGUGGGCCACAGUUUAAAACAUCAAAGAAGACAAGCCAUUUGAAAUUCUGACCCACAGCUUUGGGAAUGUUAUCCCCUUCCCAAAAUAGUGAUUUUUAUUCAUGCCAUAUUAAGGAGUUACUUCAUCAAAAUCAGCCCCAAAAGUAACCGGAAAUCUGAAGACUAGGGGAUAAAUGCUGGUAAAUGCUCAGGCCUGGAAAUGGAGUAAAUCUUUAAAAGUUAUUUCUCCCAUCCUUGGCCCAAAAAACUACUAGGGGAAAUGUUGGACUGUAAAAGGGUGGUCACAACUGCUUUGGAAAAAUACAACCAGAGACUUUGCCUGAAUUUCCACACUUACUCAUUCACCAUAGUAGUUGGGCACACAGAUCUUCUCCUUCAAAGGGCUUUUUCCUUGAGUUGUUCAUGCAUUUGUUAUCCUUCUGCCUUCCUGAGAGCUGGAUCCUGCACAAUGAAGGCAAUGAUCAUAAUUUUUCUCCUCAUUGUUCCUAAUUAACUUUUUUUAAAGCUUGCAUCUUUCUGAAAGCUAAACGAAGAUACAGAUUGAAAGAAAAAAUGAAACACAGGUUUGGGGACCAAGGACUCAUUAGUAGUGGUGACUUUAGCAAGUGAUGCCCACUGUUGUUAUUGUCAUUAAUCGGAAUUUAUCAAUUUUCUUUGGGGACUCACUGUAGGGAACAUUGUAGGGAAAAUAUCUUCAAGGAAAGGUAGGACCAUAAGUGAUGGUGAAGCGUAAGGAGCAAGUGGAAUUAAUGACUUCAGGGAAGGAAGCACAGAGUCCCUUCCCAAGGAACACAGGUCAUUUUUGUGUUCUUUCAUGGGUCAUUUCUGUAUUCUUUCUCCUCUACCCUUUAAGAUCGAUUCUCCCUGUACUGCUUAACUCUAGGAUUUGAUAAGGGCCACAUCCCAUUGUUUCUCAUAGCUUGCAUAAGGGCAUGUGUAUGUACAGUAAAAUGUAUUCCUGUGGUUUUUCCAAUAGCAGAAACUGAAUUCACACAGAAUUAGCAUGUUUUUGGGUGAUGUUGAUCGUGUGACAGAACUACAGACAUAGCUCCAGUGUGAGAAAUGUCCUUUUUUUUUUUUUUUUAAAAUUGGGGAACAGCGUUGGGGAAUUGGGGAAGGGAAACAGACAAGUU